AUGGUGUUGUUCCUAUCUUCUUUUGCCUUGGUCCUGCAGGCGCGUUGGGGCUUGUCGCUGGGGACACCUCAUGCUUCAAUCAACAACACCAGUGCCAAGCUGACGGGCAAGACACUGCAGUUGGCAUGGUCCAACGGCCAACACAAUAGCUGGAAACUUUCCCAGUUGGACCUUUUGGGAAUAACAACCGUGCAGACUCCGAAUAGCAGCUAUGGAAUUUUCUCCGAUUAUGCUACUGUAGCACCCAGCACCAGCAGCGUGGAGAUUGGCGCGGCGGGUAACUACACUAAACUGCAGAUGUACAACGUCUCUGCGGUCGGGCAAGACGCUCUCCAGUUCGCAACUGAAAAUGAUGCCGGUGUGUACACUGCCCUGUGGAGCAUAAACUCCACAUACGGAUUCGAAGCUAUUACCGUUGACAUUAGCUGGACACCCAAAUCGACGGGGUGGUAUUCGCUACUCAGUCCUACGGUCGCAACGGUAGAAGAUACGCACCUGAAAAGUGGAGUGAUUCCCGGAUAUUGGACAUCUUCGAUAAUUGAGGCAAACAACCAGCUGGCCCGACAUUGGAGUAUUGGCGUGCCGCAAGUGCCCAUGAUCAGCGUGGAAGCUAGCACCACCAGUCUCGUUUCAAUUAUUGAGGAUUCCGGAAGCAAUCUCACAUACGCUGUCGUUGCCGAUCCAUCGCUUGCGCGCGAUCCCUGGCAGUCGAAUGCGAUCACUCAAACAGUUUGGCAAGUGGGAAUGUCCUUGCGCAAUUUUGACGGGGCCCUGAGCCCAACUGCGGUCUAUCCAAUUCUGGGCCAGGUAAAAUCGCGUGUUACUGGUGGAACGUCCUUGACUGCUAGAUUCUGGCUUCUGCUGUCCAGGGAAGAUGGGUGGUUCGAAGUGAAUAAGAAGGUCACGCAGGAUAUCUACCCUCUUCGAGACUAUGUCAAUAAGGCUGAUAAUUUGGAAUCUUUGUCUCAUCGAAUGCAAAGAAUCCGCAAUUUCCUGGUUACUCCUGCUUCUCAGUGGCACCUUUGGCAGGCCAUGGGACUUACUGUCGGAGCUGAGUCCACUAAAAUCUCUGACGUCGGCGCCAUGUGGAUGGUUGAUGCUAUUUCAGAGGACCCCAUCGUCCAAAACCAACGUCUACCAUAUGCGCGGAACUUCAAGUUGGCUCAACAGGCAACAACGGGACCAUUCGCUGGCGCAGUUCUCGGGGAAUACGCUCAAGGACAAGGAGCCUCGGGCACAUUCGUCUCUGAGCUCAUUCACGCGGGCAUAAGCAGUGUCGACUACGUGCCACCCAUGUCCACCAACUUCUACGCUUUAGCAGAUAUGGGAAAUAUUCUCCUAUUUUCGCCGAAUGACACAGAACUCGUUUCGCGUGUGCAGCUUGCAGCUGAUAAAAUGUUAAGCUGGCAGUAUACUAAUGGCAGUUUCUCAGUCGGUUACAUCAAAACACAACCGACGGUCGAGCUAUACCCUCAGCUGACAGACUACCGUGCGACGUGGUACGGAUUUAUACCAGCAUACAAGAUUCUUGGACAGAAGAAAUACCUCAAAGCAGCCGAGCAAGGGGCCAGCUGGUACAUUCACAAUGCCGUUCAACAGGGUAACUUUCUCGGCGUGUGCGACGACUCCUAUGUCAUUCGUGACUUCCAUGUCAUCUUUGGCGCACAGGCACUUCUCGAUCUGCACGAGAUUACAUCAAAUGAAACUUAUCGCGAAGCCGCUAUUCAGGUUGCUCGAUACUACACCCUCCACAUCAUAAACCACCCUGUUGUUGAUGACCGGGUAAGAAGUAGUGGUGGUCAACCCUUACAAGACUGGCAGAUUAGUCAAGUUGGUAUGAAUACUGAACAUCCAGGGUAUUCUGGUAGCGUUAAUGAAGCCGGCCCAAUAACGCUGGCCAGCCAUGCCGGUGCAUUCGUGCGCUUCUAUGAACUGACCGGUGAGCAAUUAUUCCUCGACCUGGCUCGAGCCGCAGCAAAAGGCCGCGAUGCCCUGGUCGACCCUACUAGUGGUAUACCUUCAUACUACUGGUCCCAGGGCCAUUCGUCGGCAUCGAGGUUCCCAUGGCAUGGAUGGUGGCAUCUCGGAUGGGUCACCGACUACCUCUUGUCGGAAGCGCAUGUUCGAUCCAAAGGUCAGAUUAGUUUCCCACAGGGCUUUAUGACUGCCAAGGUUGGUUCGCACAAACCGUAUGGUUUCGAGGCUGGAACUAUAUAUGGGCAGACUGCGCGUUUAUGGAUGCCGGUCAACUUAAUGAAUGUUAGCGGACCUGACGUCGAUUUCAUCACGGCAGUCUCAGAGCAGAAAGACCGAUUGUAUGUCAUACUCCUGAACGAAGCACUGACUGAAAAACAAGUGGACUUGAGUCUCAACCCACGUGGCGUGUAUAGUGGUCAAUUCGCUACAUGUGGCAAAUGGAAAGGACUUGUAGGAGACAUCAAAAAAACAAGAAACAAUGCCUGGACAGCCACAAUCCCAGGCCUCAGCCAUUCUGUCCUCGAAAUUGAUAUCGCCUUGCAUCGAGACCCAAAGGGCCCCGAAUUCCGGAAUUUUACCAUCUCAACAUCUGCCCCGGGAGAAUUCAUGGUCAAUUGGGAAUUUUGGGCUAAUGCUACCAGCUGGACACAAUGGCGUAUCAACACAACCUCGAAGUGGAACUCAACUCCUGCACAAUUUGGCUAUAAUUUCACCAGAACAGUCAAUUUAACGGACAUGGGCGUGAAUUCGUCUUCCAUCGACGUCAGGAUUGCCACAAACAUAGGCAGUUCAACUUCCACUGGAUACUCAGAUCCGGUCACAUAUACUUUAUGAACUAGGCAUCAUAUAUGGAUAUUAUUACUGUUCCGCCCCUCUAUCAUUUUGC